AUGAGCCCCGAAACCAAGGAGCCUAGCGCAGAGCACAGCCAGCCAGCAGAUAAACUGCCCCUGGGGGCAGGAGCAGAGGAGUCAGCAGUGAGUGACCCUGCAGGAGAGUCCUCUGACGGGCGGUCAGAAUCGCAGCAAGACAGCGGGGAGCAGCCUCUGAGUCCCAUGGCACCCAGCGAACCCCAGCCCCUCACUCAGGAGAGAAGCCACAGUUCAGGCUCAGAUCUUACUCAGCAACCUGAGGUUCCUCCAGGAGAGGCUUCCCAAGAAGGUGCCACUCCGGGCACCUGCACCAGCCCCCGGCCAGCACACGAGGCGCCUUUCCUCCCAAAGGACAGGCCCGACAAGUGUGGAUUUGAGGAAGGAAUCUUUCGUACCCAGAGAGACCCUGAGAGGCACAAGCACAGCCAUGCUGGGAAGAAACCCUUUGAAGGUGAGCCAUGUGGAGAAGCCUUCCACCUCACGCCGCAUCUCGCCGCCAGAUACCGGAGGACCCAUUCCGGGGAGAAGUCCCCUGGAUGUAGCAAAGGCAGGCAGCUUGCCCACCCCUGCGGACCCAAGGGAACCCACAGCCAGGAGGACUACUACGAGUGUCUCAGGUGUGGCAGAGCUUUUAUCAAGGAUGUGCACCUCUUUGAACACCUCCAAGCUCACAAAGCAGCAAAAGCCCUUCCCCCAGAGCUGCCCCGCACCAAGAUGUACUCAAUCCGCUACCUGCGAAAGCACAGCUACGUUGGGGAGAGAGCCUGCCAGUGUUGUGACUGUGGCAAGGCCUUUGGGCGGAGCUCCCACCUCAUCCAGCACUACCGCAUUCACGCCCAGGAGAGGCCCUUCCAGUGCCAGCUGUGCGGGCGAUGCUUCAGCCGGCCCUCAUACCUCACUCAGCACUACCAACUCCAUUCUCAGGAGGGACCCGCCACCUGCAGUUAG